CGAUGGCCUCACCGUUUCGUGACAGAUCGCCGAACGCGUGUCUUGAAACGUGAAGUUGUACAGUUGGGAGGCGAUGCUCAUGUUGUGUUCCGAUAAACCUCACCAAAAACAACUGCACCCGACAUCAAGCCGUCAGUCGUGGACCUCAUCAGUAUUAAUAUAGAUGGGAUAUGUUGUGCACAGAAACGAUGUAGAAGGCAAGGUCGCAGCGCAGAAUCGCAAUGCAGAACACAGCCACAUCCCUUGCACGUUCGACGGCAAACGCGGCGCUAGUAGCUCAAAAAUAGAAAGGGUCACAGAAAGACAGGUGCGCUAUCGAAAUCUCCGUGGGUAGCGGGACCAUAAGCGGAUUGUUUGCAAUCAGGUGAAGCGCUAGAGCUGCCGAGUACGAUGAGUGCGUACUGCGUUGGGCAUGGGGCAUAUCUUUGUGCAGCUCGCAGAUAUCGAUUCGUGGGCAUGCAGUGAACCUCGAAAACCAUCUCAGAAACCAACAACAGGAAUUGAGCGCAAAGGUACAGAUCAGGGCAUCGGGCCGCGAUGCCAUCAUGCCUACGUCGGCGGGAGGCGAUCGCAAAUGGCAGCUGCAGGCAGCCCGGGCCCGAGAUUUGGAGCGACAGCGUUGCCAAGUGGGACGGCUAGCUGCUGUCACCAGAGCUCGCGCCACCCCGCGCCCAGCGAAUCCAUUCCCUUGUUUGUCCGCAAGGCUUCGCCAACGAAUUGCCAUGGACUGAUCACUACCGUUACGAGCUGCCUCAUGACGUGCGCUGACCGGCUGCCUUUGAGCGAACGGCGCGGCAUGGCGUGCAGCCGACCUGCGGGUACGAAGCCAUGGGGACAUAUCCACCCUCGUAUCCCCAGGCCGCGCCUUCCAAUUUCUGUUUGUUUUGUCUUGUCUGCCUUAGGGUUCUUCCUUGUGAGCAGUCAGAGACCCGUGCCAAUACUGUGGAGACUCUGUUUGAUCUCCUGGUGCUGCGCAAAUCCGCAUCUCCCGCCUCGCCACCUAUCUUCGAUCUGGACGCCUGCUAUUGUCGCGCGGGCCGCUCCAUGAGCCGCUUGACCCUUUCACUUGACUGCGUCAAUUAGCGACUCGCGCUUCCCAUAUCA